AGAAAACCACGUCAACCGAGAGAGCGAUCAUUUUUUUUUACAGUUUGAUAUUUCCAGCGGGAAAAUAACUGCUUACGGAACACGAAGAUGGCAACACCAGGUUCUGCGGAUCAUGCGCAGUCCUCGAGGCCGUUGGAGGUUUCUCCUGCGUCCGAACGGCAGAUGUUGAUCGAAGCUCGCAAAAAAUUGCAAAAGCAGGUCACAGACAUGGAGCAGCACGCGGAAAAUCAGCGGGGCCGCUUCAACGCGUACCAGCAACUGCACGCGAAACGCCUCGACUGGCUGAUAUCAACUGUAAAAGUGUCUGGGUCUGGAAACUUGUGAUGCUGGGUGGCGCAUGAUUGAAGCGCUUCCAAUGGCAGCCAAGCAUGACAAGUUUUUGAGAGGCCUUCUGAUGCCUAGCAUGCAUGACAAAUUGCGUUUUUGCAUGACAAAGAAAGCUUCUCUUUUGCUGCUUAUGCAAGACAGAUUUUCCAGGAAUGCAUGACACGCAUUACAAGUUCCACUUUUCCAGACCCAGACAUUUUUACAUUUGAUAGCUGACGGCGUUUUUCAAGACCGACAUGGUGCUGCUCGACAUAUGGCACAACUGGAACGCGCAGUUCGACAAGAUUGUUGGAUUAGUGGUAGCCCUCGACAAGUCGUCGGAAGAACAACCGCAAGAACAGGCGGAAGAAGUAGUAGUACCAGACGAAGAUAGGGCGUAUUUGAAUCAGAUGACUGCAGGAUCUUCUUCAUCUGCAACAAUGCGAACAAACCCACACGCGGCCAGUUUGAUGUUCCGGCGUGAAGGUGGAUAUAAUAAGAAGAACGUCUGCGAUUUAUUGCGGGGUAAAAUACUGACCACUCCCCGGAAGAUUUUCGCGGAGUUGCGGAUGGGAAUGGAAGAGUCGUUGCACCAAUCCACGACACAGCAAGAACUUGGCGCAUCUUCAACUGCGGUCACGACCAAGACAGUAGACCGACUCUACCCCGCCGACAACAUUUGGCGGCUCGACAACUGGCUGACCGUCGACGCCCCGGAGGCUUCGUCGAAGUUGCAUUCGGCGAUACAAAAAACCACCGACAUUUGGCUCAAGGAAAAAGGUCCCGUGUUCUGGGAAAAGUGGACUGCGUUCCAGAAGGCUGCUCAGGGCCUUCUGGGCAAGGCCCGGGAGUUGCAAACUGCGGAACGCGCUCUGCUGGACGUCGAAGUGCGGGGCCGCAAGUACGCUGAAAUUCUACAACUUCCAGAAGAUGAUCCCUACGAAGUGCAGCGCGCGCUCGAGAAGGCGCUCGGAGAGAAAUCGCGAGCGCUGCGGGACGCGCAGUGGAAAAGUGACAAGCACAUCAUGUUGCUCGAGGAGUCUUUGCAGCGGCGCGGCAAAGAGGUGGAAAAGUACGCUUUGUUGGAGGUUAACAUGCAGUACGAACUGCAGGCCGCCGCCGCCAAGGUUUCGGCGUACGAGCAAGAAUUACGGACGCACAGACGCAACGCUGAAGCCGUGCGACAACGCGACCUGGACGUGGAGGAGUUCGAGGUGACGAAGCUCCGGAAGUCAGCCUUGGAAGACGACCUAGCCCGGGAGAAUGACCGGAAAAAUGUGCUCGUGGACAAGUUGCACGACUCGGAGCAGGAGAAGAAAAUGCUGGAGCAGCGGGUCGCCGAGUUAACACGAAAAUUGGAGCGAAAAGUAUGAAGUACAAAUAUCGAUCUGGGUCUGGAAGAUGGAUGCAAUAAACCUGUCAUGCAGAAUUUUUAUGCGCGACGAUGUCUGGAAUUAUGCAGGACGAAGCAUGACAGACUCCGCGAGGUCUCCGUCUCUAUCAUGCCUAGUAUCCUGCAUGAGAAACUCCCUCUCAUGUUGGUCAAAAAAAGGCAACCUUUGGUGAUCACGCAAGAUGACAGAUUUUUGUGUGACCCACUACAGGACGCAUACCAAGUUCCAUCCAUCCAGACCGAGACAUAUUUGCGAUGCAUAAAAAGCCAAGCUCGACGACGUUGACGCGCAUUUGGAAAGCAUAGGCUUCGGUCAGUGCGAAAUCUGCUGUGACGCGUACGUGGCACAAGGUAUGACGGUGGCACGUGGUCCAAACAAGUUGUAGCCUGCUGCGGUCCAACGCAAACGGAUUAGAUGGCUUUGUUGCAUGAUUUUUGUUUUUUAUGCAGAUCUUCAGCACAGAAUGAACUUUCAGUGUCAGCAAUAACCACCUGGCAUGUUGAAUGAAUGUAGGUAGCCAAAAUCCGUUCGCAAAAGGCACUACAGCUUGUCACGAGUAAUUUUUCCUCGGCACGACGCACGUGAACCAACGGCCGAUGUGCUUCUCCUGCGGCCACGGAGCGUGUGCGAGCUGCGUGGACCUUCUGCGGGGGUGCGGUCGGGAUCUGUGCCCAAAGUGCCGCGAGCCGGGGGUACUGCAGGAUGCAGUCGUGAAUUACGGACUGGAGGCCGCGCUAGAAACCCUGGGGCGGUGCGCCGUCCCUGCACCUCCGUCGCGCAGUGCCGAGUUGGCGACGCCGACCUUGCCCAUGGGGCGUGGCCAGCUGCUACGAACCUUUGCUCGGAGAUUGUGUUGCCGACAGACGCUGAAUGUUCUCGCCCUGAUAGUGGGUUGGGUGUGGGACCAUGCCUGUGCCUUAUGGUGUUGUUUCUGGCUCGCUGCUGUUUCUGGCUCGUCAGCGAUGUGUUGUUUCUGGCUCUCGGUGUUGUUUCUGGCUUUCGCUGAAUUGUUUGCUUUAAGUACCCUGACUAUAAUUCUUGAAGCGGUCACGGUUUAAAAAUAAAUACCAAAAUCUGUUAAAGCACUCGAAAGCAAAGCUUAUUGAAGAAAUUUUCAUUGUCGAUCAUGAUUUGGACACCUACAAGUACAAGUACGUGUUGGUUUCUAUUGAAGGCGAAAAACUAUAUAGUUAUGGAGUAUACCCUUGCAGCAGUUGUAAACAUAGUGCUGCACUCGAUUGUGUACGAUAGGCCAGGACGGCUUUUGCAGUUGUUUCAAGUAGAAUCACCGUGCCAAAAACCAAAAUGAAGAUGUGACUUUCAAGAGCUCCCUCGAUACAGCUCAAGGAAAACUACCAACCAAGAAGAAGUUGCUCACUUCGUAUGGAGGUAAGCCGAGGUGCCAAAUCCAACGCUUUGAGCAUCACUUUUUGCACAUUCUUUUUCUUGCUGACGAGAAAGUUGUGAUCUUGGGCUCACUGCCGAAGAGGAGAUGUUUUUGAAAGGGAAAAACCGAU